CGAGUGUCAUCAGAGAGCCCCGCCCCCUCACGCACCGAAGAAUCGAAACACGCAAAGCCACGCCCACCGAGUGUCAUCAGAGAGCCCCGCCCACCCCUCACACAAAUCGAUGAAGAAUCGAAACCAAACGGCUUGUGUUACUCGAGUCCCUUUAAUCUGAAGUCUUGUUUCUGCAAAUGGAAAGAGAGCCGCGCCCACCCGUGUGUUCGGGUUGCCUUCGGGACCCUCAGAUCAACUUCUGCCCUCAGUGUGAACAGACAUCCACAUCUGGGACUGAUCCGGAUCAAGCCGAGAGUCUGGAGAGAGCAGAUCCGGAUCAGUCCGUUGCUUCAGUUGUCGAGAGAUUGGAGAGGACAGAUCUGCAGACAGAUGAAGGUGCAGAUGUGGAGUGUGACGCCUGCGCUGUUAGACAAGUGAAAGUUAUGAAGUCAUGUCUGGGACGUUUGGCCUCGCGCUGUGACGCUCAUCUCGAGACCCACGCUGAUCUGAGAACACGUGAAACACAGACGUGCUCUCGGCAUGACAGACCUCUGGAGGAGUACUGUCGCUUUGAUCAGAUGCGUGUUUGUUUUCUGUGUAUUCUGGAUGAGCACAAGGGUCACGAUGCGGUGUCGGUCGCCUCAGGGAGAGCAGAGAAACGGACACAGCUGGAAGAAACCGUGAAGAAGGUCACAGAUCGAGAGGCUGAACUGAAUGACGUCAAGAAGGCUGCGGAUAUUCUCAUGAACCUGAGUGAAGCCACGGAAGAAGCGGGAGAGCGAAUCUUCACAGAACUGACGGACUUUAUCCAGUCGAGUCACACAGAGGCCAUGACGCUGAUCCAGAAUCACAUGAGAGCUGAGAUGAACCGAAUCCAUCGACACGUAGACGGUCUGGAAGAGAAGAUUUCUGAACUAAAGAGCGAACAUUCAGAGCCGAGACGGCUUUCAGACACUGAACAUCACGUCUCUUACCUUCAGCGCGAUGACUUCUCCAGUCGGACCAUUAACCCCCAGUUCUCUUUUGGUGAGGUCAUUAAAUCUCUCUCCUCAUUAACGCAACAAAUACGAGACAUUUGGACACUGGAAAUCAGAAGGAUAAGCUCUGCAGUGAAAAGAGAUCAAAUCCUGCUGCCCUCUGAACCCAAGACCAGAGAAGACUUUCUACAAUUUCUGGUUCCUCUGAGUCUGGAUCCAAACACGGCUCACAGGAAUCUCAGUCUAACCGAUCAGAACCGAACCGUGGUGUGCAGUACAGAAUCUCAGCCUUACCCGGAACAUCCCGAGCGUUUCCAAUGGUGGGCGCAGGUGCUGACCAGCGAGGGUUUGACCGGACGCUGUUACUGGGAGGUGAUCUGGACGGGUCUGUACGGGGUGGACGUUGCGGUGGCCUACAAAGACAUCAAGAGAACUGGAGACAGGGAUGACAGCGGAUUCGGAUACAACAGAUACUCGUGGAGUUUGGACUGUUCUGAAUUCAGAUGUGCGCUGGUGCAUGAUAACACAGAGACAGCGAUGACAGGAGCGGUGUCUCACAGGAUCGGCGUGUAUCUGGAUCACAGGGCAGGACUUCUGUCGUUCUACAGCAUCACAGACACCAUGACGCUCUUACACAGAGUCCACAACCACUUCACACAACCCCUUUAUCCAGGAUUCGGCCUCUUUCAGGGAUCAUCGCUGAUAUUGUCUGGGCCAGAAUUUAUCGCAAUGCCACAAAAAAGUCAAAUGAAGAAGUAAGAUUUAUAAAUCAAGGCAAAGAUGACAUUAUCCAGUGCACAGCAAAAACGACAAAACACAGAUUCACUUGGAUGAAAAUACCCCAAAACCAAUUAAUGCAUGACACUGAAAGAAAGCAAAGCAAUAUAAAACAUCUGUUGUUAACAUAGAUAGCUCUUUAGAAAAACAUUUUGAGAAGAACUUGCUGCAUUUCAUCUGUUUUAUGUUUGUUUUAAGGUAGUGGUUCAGAUUUUCCUGAUGCGAGUUUACAGUAAAAGAUCAGUUUACUUUAAACUGACAGUUCUGUUAUCUAUUACUCGCUCUUUUCUUUGCUCCGAA